GGUGUAUACAGAAAUUAAGAAUUUCAAUUUAUGGCCAACAACUCUAUCUUCUACUGAGGAGUCCAUAAGAAGAAGAGAUGAGUUCACUACAGUUCUUCCCUUCUACUUCUACUUCUUCAUUGAAAAACCCUAUUUCCAUAUCAACCCAAAUUACAUCUUCCAUUCAAACCCAUAACUUCAAUCUUCCAAUCUCAAAACCCCCAAUUUUCACUACCUCUUCACUUAAAACCCCUAAUUUCUCAAACCUCAAGCAAUUUCAAAACCCUAGAGUUCUUAAAAGAGUUAAAUGCAAUGGAGUUAAAGACACUGGUGAAGAAACAAAACUGAAAUUGGAUGGUGGUGAUGAUAGUGGUGGGGGUGGUGGUAAUGGUGGAGAUGGUGAUAAUGGAGAUGGAGGAGAAAAGAAAAAUGGGUUUUUACCAGAUUGGUUGAAUUUAACUUCAGAUGAUGCAAAAACAGUUUUUGCUGCAUUUGCUGUUUCACUUGCAUUUAGAUCAUUUAUUGCUGAACCUAGAUUUAUUCCUUCUUUAUCAAUGUAUCCUACUUUUGAUGUUGGUGAUAGACUUGUUGCUGAAAAGGUUUCAUAUUACUUUAGAAAACCAUGUCCUAAUGAUGUUGUCAUUUUCAAGAGUCCACCAGUUUUGCAGCAAGUUGGAUAUACUGACAGUGAUGUCUUUAUUAAGCGGAUCGUCGCUAAGGAAGGUGAUGUUGUUGAGGUUCAUGAUGGAAAGCUGAUAGUAAACGGAGUAGCAAGAGAUGAAGAAUUCAUUCUCGAGCCACCUUCUUAUGACAUGUCCCCAGUUACAGUACCAGAGAACUCUGUCUUUGUUAUGGGUGACAACCGCAACAACAGCUACGACUCACAUGUUUGGGGUCCUUUACCUGAAAAGAACAUAAUUGGAAGAUCGGUAUUUAGGUACUGGCCACCAACAAGGAUCGGUGGCACAAUUCUGAAAGAUGGUUGUCCCAUAUCACCACCACUUACAGACACAUCUAAGAAAAUUGCCCCAAUAACAACGACAUCUCAGCGUGCAGAUGACACCCAAAAGGUACCCGAGAAAGCUAUGUAGAUUAUAUUUAUACCAUGUUUUUUGUCUCAGUUCUUCUAGGUAAGGCUGACUGAUCGUAGGUUAUAUUUAUCUUUGUAAUUCUUUGUGAAUGCUUCUGAAACCCCUCCCUAUUGAUUACAAGUGUAAUGGUUGUACAUUUAUUUAAGGCAUAUACAAUGAUAGAAGAUCUGCUACAUUGUAAUGCCUUCUGUAACUUUAGAACAGUUCCAUUAUGAACAAAGAUUUUGUUGUUCCUUCCUCUGAAA